GUACUGAUGAAGCCUCUAGGUCUCUCUAAGUUGCUGUCUAAGAAGAUGAUAAACAAACAAAUGUGGCAUUUCUAUGUGACCAGAAUUGGAGUUCUUUUCCUGAUCUGUAUUCUCCCUGAGACUGCUGGCCAAGGGGAAACAAGACGACAAGAACCUGGAGACUUUGUGAAGCAUGAUAUUGGAGGACUCUCUCCCAAGCAUGCUCCAGAUAUUCCUGACGACAGCACUGAUAACAUCACUAUUUUCACCAGAAUCUUGGAUCGACUUCUGGAUGGCUAUGAUAACCGGCUGCGACCUGGGCUUGGAGAUGCAGUGACUGAAGUGAAGACAGAUAUCUACGUGACCAGUUUUGGCCCUGUGUCAGACACUGACAUGGAAUAUACUAUUGAUGUAUUUUUUAGACAGACAUGGCAUGAUGAAAGACUGAAAUUUGAUGGACCUAUGAAGAUCCUUCCUCUGAACAAUCUUCUGGCUAGUAAGAUAUGGACUCCUGACACCUUCUUCCACAAUGGCAAGAAAUCAGUGGCUCACAAUAUGACCACACCCAACAAGCUUCUCAGACUGGUAGACAAUGGUACCCUCCUCUAUACAAUGAGGUUAACAAUACAUGCUGAAUGUCCUAUGCAUUUGGAAGAUUUCCCCAUGGAUGUGCAUGCCUGCCCACUGAAGUUUGGAAGCUAUGCCUAUACCAAAGCUGAAGUGAUUUAUUCUUGGACUCUUGGGAAGAACAAGUCUGUGGAAGUAGCACAGGAUGGCUCUCGCCUGAAUCAGUAUGACUUGCUUGGCCAUGUUGUUGGGACAGAGAUAAUCUGGUCUAGUACAGGAGAAUAUGUCGUCAUGACAACUCACUUUCAUCUGAAGAGAAAAAUUGGCUACUUUGUCAUCCAGACCUACUUGCCAUGUAUCAUGACUGUCAUUUUGUCACAAGUGUCUUUCUGGCUUAAUAGAGAAUCUGUCCCUGCCCGCACAGUCUUUGGUGUCACCACUGUUCUCACUAUGACCACCUUGAGUAUCAGUGCCAGAAACUCCUUACCUAAAGUGGCAUAUGCGACGGCCAUGGACUGGUUCAUAGCCGUCUGUUAUGCCUUUGUGUUUUCUGCACUGAUUGAAUUUGCUACUGUCAACUACUUCACCAAGCGGAGCUGGGCUUGGGAAGGCAAGAAGGUACCAGAAACCCUGGAGAUGAAGAAGAAAACACCAGCAGCCCCAACAAAGAAAACAAGCACCACUUUCAACAUCGUGGGAACCACCUAUCCUAUGAACCUGACCAAGGAUGCUGAGUUCCCCACCAUCUCCAAGGGUGCUGCUCCAAGUGCUUCUUCAACUCCAACAGUCGUUGCUUCGCCCAAGGCCACUUAUGUGCAGGAGAGCCCUGCUGAGACCAAGACCUACAACAGUGUCAGCAAGGUUGACAAAAUUUCCCGCAUCAUCUUUCCUGUGCUCUUUGCUAUAUUCAAUCUUGUCUAUUGGGCUACAUAUGUGAACCGGGAAUCAGCUAUCAAGGGCAUGAUCUGCAAACAGUAGAUAAUAGUGGUGGCACAUUAUACUCCAUGAAGCAUCCAAACACCCAAAACCUAGGGCUCCCUUCAUGUGUUUCAUGAUUCUUCUUUUUAACCCUGUUCCAAGCUGAGUGUAAUUGCUUUCUCAGUUCAUAUUAUGAGCCUCAAUGAAAAUGUAACAACAGAAAAAUGACUUGUCCUUUGAACAUUGCUUGGAUUGAGUCAAACACUGCCAUUUGUCCAGUUGCUCAUUUUAGUAUGCCAGUCUUCCCCAGCUGAGGGCAUUGCAUGUGUUUAAUGUUACUCUGCCCAAUAAUGAAGGAACAGGAGACUCUUACUUCUUCUAGUGGAAAUCUUGGCUUUGUGGGGUUCAAGGUGUUGAGAUCCCGGAACAUAUUAACUGAGUUGCAUAGGAUGAUUAUGACGCACUGUGGUGUUAGGCCCAGAUAUCCCAUUUAAUCUUAUCAAUCUGGCCCCUUUUAUGCCUCCAGCAGGGCCUACUAGACAUAUGAACUGGUAGAAUGGGAAGAAAGAAUCCUAUCAAACUUCUGAUAUGACCCCUAAAUUAGCAAUUAGUGGAAACAAUUGAGGAUAACCUGUGUCAAACAUGUAUAAUAAAAAAGAGAACUAGCUGGAUCAUUCAAGCAUUAAAAGUGAGCUCUACUCCAGUUUCAACAAGUCCCUCAGGAAAGUAACACCUUAAUAUAAGUC